GAUAACGGAGGAUGUCCAAGAAGAGGCGAAGGGGGGUAGCAGAAGAGAGGGGACAUGGAUACUGCUAGGAGUGGCAGUCGCCCAACAAGUUUGGUGCCAGCUACUCCACAUCCAGCUAUGAUGAAGGCAUGUUGCGGCUGCUUCUUCUCCUGCCGGCACUAGUCUACGCCGAGCCGGACUUCAGGCCCUACCUUCUGUCUACCUGCCAAAGGAUAGAACGGCGUGGACAAGAGUGCAGUCGCAGGCAGGCCAAGACCGAAGACGGCUACAUAGUUUCCCUCCACAGGGUCCACUCCAGGGGCCUGCCUUAUGGGCCUCCGGUUCUUCUCAUUCAUGGACUUUUGUCUGCUUCUGACCAAUGGCUACUCUAUGGCAGGGACCAUGAUCUAGCUUCUAUCUUAGCAGACAAAGGUUAUGAUGUAUGGUUAGGUGAUUUGAGAGGAAACGCUUAUUCUAGAAGUCAUACUCACUUAAGUCCAGAAGAUCCCGACUUCUGGGAUUUCAGUUUUCACGAAUAUGGUUACUAUGAUGUACCAGCUAUGAUUGACUAUAUUCGUCUAGAGACAGGCCAUAAGAAAAUCUUCUAUAUUGGAUACUCCUUAGGAGGUACUGUCUUCUUUGUAAUGGGAGCUUCUAGACCAGAAUACAAUAAUAAGAUUCGAGCAGGGAUUACUAUUGCUCCUUAUGUUUCUUCUCCUCAGCUUAGCAGUGUUAUAUUAGCAACUUUCAGUAUGAUUGCUUCAAUAAUGAGGCAAUGGCGUACACUCCAUGUAUUUGAAGUGUUUCCCCGCUCAAACACAACUCUCGCAAUAAACCAGAUAUUUUGUAAACCAAAAUCAAGGCUUUUGCCCGUUUGUCUUCAAGUAUAUGACCAAGUAUUUGGACUAACAAGUGAACUUGACCAGGAUGUGCUAUUAGAUGUUGUGAGUACCUUUAGAGCUGGGUCCUCAGCAAAAACUUUAAACCACUGUGCUCAGGUUAUGUACGCAAAUUCUUUAAGAUAUUAUGAUUAUGAAAGUGAAGAAAAUAUGAAGAGGUAUGGAGACAUUAUUCCUCCUGAAUAUAAUUUAACAAAGGUCACGUCACCUGUUUCCAUUCACUACAGUUUACAAGAUUCAUUUGUAGACCCUAAGGUAAUAGACAAGUUAGCUAAAAAAUUGCCAAAAUUAAUUGGAACAUUUGUUGUUUCUUCGCCUAGUUUUAAUCAUAUGGAUUAUGUGGUUGGUAUACAUGCAAGAGAACUGGUAUAUCAAGAUAUAUUCAAUAUUAUAUCUAAGUAUUAAAUCAGU